GUCGAAUUUUUUCCAGAUUGUACAAAUAAAUCAGCAGGAAAAAAAGCCCAAUGCCAGGUUUGGGAAGAGUCCCCGGUGUGUCUGACGGCGUUAAACCCGUUGAUGAUUCUCAGCAGUGGAAACACAGGAAAAAGUCCGGCAUGAAAUCGAAAUCGCGUAAACUCCAUGUUGGAGGCAACUCGGCAGAAAUCAAGUCAUAUUUGGCAAAACUCCAAGAUCUUGUCCCAUUUAUGCCUAAAGACAAGAAAGUCUCGAAGCUGGAGGUGAUCCACUGUGUAAUCGAUUACAUCUGUCAGCUCCAGUGCGAGUUGGAAGACCAAAUGGCGUCUGCGAGCGCCGCCUUUCCAGUCCUGACAAGAAACUCCUUUUCCCUGAAUCCAAAUCCAUUGCCACCCCUGUCGAACCCACGCAGUCCUCCGCUUCAGCCAGUACAAAGUGUAUCGGACGACGCCGAUGCAAGUGAUAAAAGCCCGGAAUGCGCACCAUGAAAUGGAUGGGGAAAUCUUUCUCUGAAUCUCCGUGGAUAUGCUUCUUCUCACAUUGUGUUGGCAUCUCCUUUUUGGCCCAAGUUUUCAAGUUUUCACUCCAAUCCAUGACUGAGGUGUUCUGACCACUAGCUAACGAGGGGCUCCUUGGUUGUCAUUUACGUCGAAUCGUUUUUUUACCUGGAACCCGUGAACACCUACUUUGCUGCGGGCGCAAGUGGAUUCGGUCAACAAAUUUUAAUUUACGUUUUUGAUGCAUCCCGCAUGACUGUGAUAUACGAUAUUUGAUAUUUUCUCUCCAUUUUUAUUUUGUCGAAGACAGACUAUGUCGUGAAAAGUGCGUACGGCCGAGCAAUGUCUGAUUUGUAUUGAAAUGCCGAUGCAAAAUGAAGUUUAUAUACACGCAAAUUGUAUUCAUCAU